GACAUUCCCCCAAUCCGGGCCCACGAAUCCGGUCGUGGCAAGGGAUGUAACCAUCCACAGGGCGCCUGAAUGGAUCAUUGUUUCACUCCUUACGCCUUGCAGGCGGUUCUUAUAAAGGCUUCAAUCCAGGGGGAAGCACAAGGCUAGCUGGAUUCAUUGUCUACCAUUCAGUCGUCGUUCUUUCUUUAUUCAGGUACCACCACCCCACUACCACUGGCACUAUCCCAAUCAACACACCCCUCUAUUUACUACUACCCCCUACAGUAACAACCGAAUCACCACCAUGUGGACCAAACCCCUCCUCGCAACCACCGCCUCCCUGGCCUACUUCCUCUCUUUCACCUCCGCCCAAACCCCCAACACCAAUGCCCCCAUAACCACCGACAACCACGGCAAACUGUACCGCGCCGAGCUCCAACCCAAGGAUAACACCACCGUUGGCGGACACGUCACCACAUACUCCGGUCCCAGCAAGGUCGGAAUCAACUUUGACAUUGAAUUCUGGGGAAUUCCUACUGACGGUCAACCCUUGGCCUACCACAUCCACGAAAAGCCCGUCCCCGAAGACGGAAACUGCUACAGUACAGGCGCCCACCUCGACCCUUAUAAACGGGGCGAUACCAUCCCUUGCGAUAUUAAGGCGCCCGAGACCUGUCAGGUGGGGGAUUUGAGUGGCAAGCAUGGUCCUGUGUGGGCGCCUGAGGAUGAGACUUUCUCGGUGACGUAUACGGAUUGGUUUGUGUCGAAUGUGGUGGGGGAUGUUUCGUUCUUUGGCAAUUUGUCGGUGGUGGUGCAUGCGUCGGAUAAUUCGAGAUUGGCGUGUGGGAACUUUGAGCUGUUUGAUUUUAGUCAUUGAUGGGUUGGGGAUGGGUGUGUAUGUUGAUGGGGAUGGUUUAGGUUUGAUGGCUGUGUUUAGGUUUAAUGACUGGACUACUAGUUCAGCCCUGCGGCUGUGCUCAUAGGUUUUGGUGGAAUCU